CGGGACAGCAGAGUAGUGUAUAAAGCAGCAGCUGUGUGUGUAGUCUAGUCGAGUCGAUCAAAUUCCAUCCAUCAUCCAUAUCUGUGACUGAGAGAGUAACCCUUUUUAUUUUUGGCCUUUUGGCUUUUUAGGCUUUCUCUAUGUUCUCUGCAGCAUAAAUGGCAUCGGCUCUUCUAUCUAGAACUUUCCUUGCUCGUCAUCGCUUUCUUCAUUCUUCCUUCUCCUCCCUCGCUUCCCCCAAGCCCCAAAUCUUCACAUCUUUCUUCAAUAAGAGACCAUUACACUUGCAGGCUUCUCCUGCCUAUUUGGUGUACAAAACUUCUGGUUUUGUUUCUUGUGCCUCAUCAUUAGGAGGGUCAAAAGCUUCUUUUUCAACGCAAUCCAUGUCGACUAAUGAACCUGUUGUGUCAGUUGACUGGCUCCGUGCAAACCUCAGAGAGCCUGAUAUGAAGGUGUUGGAUGCAUCCUGGUACAUGCCAGAUGAACAGAGGAAUCCACUUCAAGAGUAUCAGGUUGCCCAUAUUCCUGGUGCCCUUUUCUUUGAUGUAGAUGGUAUAUCCGAUCGAACUACUAAGUUGCCACACAUGUUACCAUCAGAAGAAGCAUUUGCUGCCGCUGUUUCUGCCCUUGGUAUAGAGAAUAAAGAUGGGGUAGUUGUUUAUGACGGAAAGGGAAUUUUCAGUGCAGCUCGAGUUUGGUGGAUGUUCAGAGUAUUUGGGCAUGAUAGAGUAUGGGUGUUAGAUGGUGGCCUGCCCAGAUGGCGUGCUUCGGGAUUUGAUGUUGAAUCUAGUGCUUCUAGUGAUGCUAUUUUGAAAGCAAGUGCUGCCAGUGAGGCAAUAGAGAGAGUAUAUCAUGGACAAGCUGUUGGCCCAAUUACAUUUCAGACCAAAUUUCAGCCACAUCUUGUCUGGACACUCGAACAGGUUAAGAAAAACAUUGAGGACAAAACACAUCAACACUUGGAUGCCCGUUCAAAGACCAGGUUUGAUGGGGUUGCUCCAGAACCUAGAAAGGGGAUAAGAAGUGGUCAUGUACCUGGCAGCAAGUGUAUUCCUUUUCCCCAGAUGUUGGAUGGCUCACAGACACUUUUACCUGCAGACGAGCUUAAAAAAAGAUUUGAUCAAGAAGGCAUCUCUUUGGACAGCCCUGUUGUAACUUCAUGUGGCACUGGUGUAACUGCUUGCAUUCUUACCCUGGGUCUCCAUCGACUUGGGAAGACUGAUGUUCCAGUCUAUGAUGGGUCAUGGACAGAAUGGGGAGCGCAUCCAGACACGCCUGUCUCAGCUUCUUCUUCAUGAAAUGUUAAUGCCAUUGCAUCAGACACUUGUUGGCUACAUGCACAGCAUGAGGUUUACCUUGUUUGAUAGUCAUUGGGGAUUUUGACGAAAGAGAUUGUAUCUGGAACAAGUGAAUUAUGUAUCUGGGGUGUCUCAUUUUCUUGAGUUUCGAAAGCUUUAAAUUUGGACCUCAUAAUCACACCUAUGAAUAAAGAACUGGAGUUGUAACUUUUUAAGCUAUUUGAUUUGGAGUUUAUUUGUCAAACAGGAUAUGAAAAUUAGGAAACUGCGACAAAUGUCAUUUUGCA